UUCGCGCCAAAUUUUGUUUAAUAGUGAAUGUGGUAUGCUUUAAGUUUGAAUGUUAACUUAUUAACUUUGCUUAAUUGUCUGGAUAAUUAUCGAAAAUGGAUGUAGCUGAUGCCAACGUUGGUCAAAGGCAACAUCGAGAUGAAAUCGGAGUAAGAUGCCAGAAGCUUUUUCAAGAUUUCUUAGAAGAAUAUAAAGAGGAUGGCGAAUUAAAAUAUUUGGAACCGGCGAAAGAGUUACAAAAUGAAGAAAGAAGCACAAUCGAGAUAAGUUUUGAAGACGUUGAAAAGUAUAACCAAAACUUGGCUACAACUAUCAUCGAAGAGUAUUUCAGAAUAUAUCCGUUUCUUUGCCAAGCUGUUUCUAAUUUCGUAAAAGACCGCACUGAUAUGAAAAAGCCGAAGGAAUGUUACAUAGCAUUUAUGGAUGUUCCUACAAGGCAUGUUGUUAGGGAAUUAAAGACUGAUAAAGUCGGUACACUGAUUCGUAUCUCGGGUCAAGUUAUCAGGACUCAUCCUGUUCACCCCGAGCUGGUUUUGGGCACUUUUGUGUGUUUAGAAUGCCAAACUGUUAUCAAAAAUGUGGAACAACAAUUUAAGUACACAAACCCUACAAUAUGUAGGAAUCCAGUUUGCAGCAACAGAAGACGGUUUAUGCUCAACGAUGAUAAAUCUGUUUUUGUGGACUUUCAAAAAGUAAGGAUUCAAGAGACGCAGGCUGAGUUGCCUCGAGGUUGCAUUCCAAGGAGUUUAGAAGUUAUUUUGAGAGCUGAAAAUGUCGAAACUGUACAGGCUGGUGAUAGAUAUGACUUCACUGGUACACUGAUCGUUGUCCCGGACGUGGGCGCAAUGUCCAUCCCUGGUGCCAGAACCCAAAUUGAAUCUAGGCAUAAGCAUGGGGAUGAAGCGGAAGGAAUCCGAGGUCUCAAAGUGUUGGGUGUACGUGAAUUGCACUAUCGCAUAGCGUUUCUAGCAUGCAGUGUACAGCCUACUAAUCCCAAAUUCGGAGGAAUCGAAUUGCCUUUAGGGGACAUUACACCAGAAAUAAUGCGUCAGCAGAUGACGGAAAGCGAAUGGAAGCACAUGUAUGAAAUGUCUCAUGACAGAAACCUCUACCAGAACAUGAUUAACAGUCUGUUUCCAAGCAUUCACGGAAAUGAAGAAGUGAAGAAGGGCAUUCUACUUAUGUUAUUUGGCGGGGUGUCAAAAACUACAAUUGAGGGUACAACUUUGAGAGGCGACAUCAAUUGCUGCAUAGUCGGCGACCCUAGCACAGCGAAAAGUCAAUUCUUGAAGCAAGUAUCCGAGUUCUCACCUAGAGCUAUCUACACUUCGGGCAAAGCUUCAUCUGCAGCUGGGCUUACAGCGGCGGUAGUCAGAGACGAAGAAUCCUCAGACUUCGUGAUUGAAGCAGGUGCUUUGAUGUUGGCAGAUAAUGGAGUCUGUUGUAUCGACGAGUUUGACAAAAUGGAGCUUAAAGACCAGGUCGCUAUUCAUGAGGCCAUGGAGCAGCAGACAAUAUCUAUAGCAAAGGCCGGUGUCAGGGCCACAUUAAAUGCUAGAACUUCAAUUUUGGCGGCUGCUAAUCCGAUUGGGGGACGCUACGAUCGAGCCAGAUCAUUGCAGCAAAAUAUUCAAUUGUCGGCACCUAUUAUGUCCAGGUUUGACUUGUUCUUCAUACUUGUGGAUGAGUGUAAUGAGGUCAUAGACUAUGCUAUUGCAAGGAAGAUAGUGGAUUUGCAUAGCAAUAUUGAAGAGAACAUUGCUCAGGUUUACUCCAAGCAGGAGGUGUUACAAUAUAUUAAUUUUGCACGGAAAUUUAAGCCAGUAAUCAACAAAGAAGCGAGAAGCUUGUUAGUCAGUUACUACAGUCGGUUGAGACUGCGAGAUAGUACAGCUGCUGGGAAAUCUACGUGGCGUAUAACUGUAAGGCAACUGGAGAGUAUGAUUCGGCUGUCGGAAGCGAUGGCCCGGAUGGAUAUUAGCGAUGAAGUGCAACCGAAACAUGUCAAAGAAGCUUAUAGACUAUUAAACAAGUCUAUAAUUCGGGUAGAGCAGCCAGAUAUCCACUUGGACGCGGACGACAACCAUUCAGUACAUGAAGAUGAAGUUUUAGAGGAAGAGAGGCCGCAAACGCCUGCUGCACCAGCGCCAGCUAAAAAGAAGAUGGUUCUCAGCUAUGAAGAGUAUAAGAACCUGUGUAACAUGAUUGUGGUUCAUAUGAGAAGGGAGGAACUGAGGUUUGAAGAAAGUGGUAGUGGAGGUAUCCAUAAGAGUGACUUAGUUGGGUGGUACCUUACUCAAAUGGCCGACUUAAUAGAGUCAGAAGAAGAGUUGAUAGAAAAGAAAGACAUGAUUGAAAAAGUAAUUGAUAGAUUGUGUUUUCAGGAUAAUAUUAUUAUCAGUCUAACGGAAGCGGGACUCAAAGGUCGCGCUGAAGAAGACACCGAAGAUGACGAUCCUUUGCUAGUAGUUCACCCGAAUUAUAUAGUAGAUUAAGAUAUUAAUUUUUAUGAAAUAAACAGUACUCUUUUAAAUAAA